AUGGGUAGCGUCAGCAGCCUUAUCAGCGGCAACAGCCUCGACAGCAAACACUGCAAGGCAUCCGAGUUUAGGUUAAAAAGGGGAACAAACCACAGUAGAAAGUCUGGAGGCUGCAGCCUUGAUGGGUUAUUGAAGUGUGGCUUUAGUCAGGGCUCGACUUCAUCCACUCAUCCCUCUAAAGGCCUCUCAUAUUCCCGUUCAGGACGAAGUGAGGAUUUUUUUUACAUCAAGGUGGGCCAUAAACCAAGGUCGGUGUACCACAGAGGAGGACCAAUGGAGGAACAUGCAGGUCGAAGGAACAGAGAUGGGGAAUCAGACGGGCGACUGCAAACAAAACUGCUGCUUAUGACAGGGAAAAUGACUGAGAGGACCACUGCUGAGAAGUCAUUGGUCCGUUCCACUGCCUUCAAGCCUGUGUUUCCCAGGAGUACGACCUCCUCAGGGCAUGACAGCCUGGACCACAUCCUCGGCCCACUGGAGAAAGCAAGGAGUCCAGACAAUAGACAUAAACAAGAUACCCUCUCAGGGACUCUCUCUGACUCUGGACGUAACUCUAUGUCUAGCCUUCCCACCCACAGCACCAGUGGGAGCCUAAGUGCUUCAGCAGGCCCUGCCAAUCACAGUGAUGGAAGCUCGGCUCCUGCAAACAGCCUCAGCAAGGGACCACAACCCAAUUUCCCUCCAUGGGUCAAUGGAAAUAGUGCAAACCCUGACUGUAGCUACAGGGCUGGAUUAAAUAGCGUAGGGUUGGCAUCAAAGGCUAAUGGGGAGGUUGGCUCUGCUUCUGCAGAUGAGCCAAGCCCUCUCUCUGAAACUGCAGGUGGGAUUCGGUCCCCUAUUACUCCAGAUGAGUCACUGAUUGAAAAUUUGGAACAAAGACUGCUGGAGAGAGAAACUGAACUGCAGGAGCUACAGGUGAGUUUUGAGGAGAAGGAAUCAGACACCUGCCAGCUAUUUGAAGAGAGGCAAAGGUACUGUGCUGAGGAGAUGGAAGGACUGAAGCAGCGAUGCUCCACCAAGUUACGACAAGUGUCUCAGAUUGCUGCAAAAACUCAGCAAGCAUUGCAGCUGCAGGUCAGCCAGCUCCAGGCAGAGAAGGACAGGCUCCAAGAGGACAUCUCAGAACUAACCCGAGAGAAGGAUCUUGUUGAGCUCAGAUUGAGGUCUUACGAGACAGAGAGCACACUGCUUGCUCCAACACUCGAGGAAACACAGUGGGAGGUGUGCCAGAAAGCAGGGGAGAUCUCACUCUUGAAGCAGCAACUGAGAGACUGCCAGGCAGACGUCGGCCACAAGCUAAAUGAGAUAGUUGGCCUCAGGGUGUCACUGAAGGAAAUCACAGCAAAGACGGAGAUGCUCGAGAAACAGAAUAAAGACCACGGGGACAAGCUCCACUCUCGCACCAGAGACGUUGAGGUGUGCCAAAAUGAACUGCAGCGUAAGAAGAACGAGGCUGAUUUGCUGAGAGAGAAAGUGGGCAAACUGGAAAAAGACAUCCAGGGAAUGAAACAAGAUCUGGCCAUGGCCAAGGAGCAGCGACUGCAACACAGUUUGCAACUUGAGGCCCAAGCCCAGGGUCAGGCCUCGGAAGGACUAAUCCAAGGCUCAGAGUCCCCCAUCCAGAGCCAGGAGGACGAGACCAGUAGACACACCUCCACAGAAUCCCUCCAGAAAGAAGUGGAGAGACUAAAGCAGCAGCUCACGGAGGAGAAGGAUGCUCAGGAAAGGCUGGCCACCAACUUUGAGCAGGAGAGGCAGACAUGGAACAAGGAGAAAGACAGGGUCAUAAAGUACCAGAAACAGCUCCAGAUCAACUACCUGCAGAUGCACAAGAAGAACCAGGAUCUGGAGAGGAUCCUGAAGGAGCUUACUGCUGAGCUGGAAAGCCGGACGGAGCUCGGCAUGGACAUGAACUACAGCUCAGGGUUACAGACAUAUGACGAUGUUAUCGCCACAGAGAUUUGAGAAGAAAACUCACCAACACGCUUGCAGUAUAAAGAAUACUGGCACUAACUUUUUCACCACGAAAAUUUACAUGUUUGCACGAACCAAGAGACAUUACACAACAGCCACUGGACUAUCGAUAUAGUAGAGUUAUUUAAUAUAAUGUGCAACUCU